AUGAACCAAGUUGUGGUCGAGCUUGUUUCAACGGGCAACGGGCCCUUAAUAGCUCCUCCAGAAGCCCAAAUUGGCCAUGGACAGAGCAACGGAACCGAGAGCUCCCGUCAAGAAUUCACUCUGCCUCCAGUGGACUCGGGCAAGGAUGCAUGGCUCUUCUUGGCGGCAUGUUGGGUCGUCGAGGCGCUUGUAUGGGUCUGCCGGCUCUACGCCCGGCAGGCCCGCUGGUUCACGCAGGCCGGGCUCUUCGCGGCCGCGCUCACGAUAGCCCUGAGCUCGUUCUGCACGACGGUGCCGCAGCUGGUCGCCACGCAGGGGGUGCUGUUCGGGAUCGGCGGGUGCUUCGCCUACACGCCGUGCGUGCUGUACAUCGACGAGUGGUUCGCGGCGCGCAAGGGCCUGGCGUACGGCAUCAUGUGGAGCGCGGCCGGGUUCGGCGGCGUCGUACUGCCGCUGCUGCUCGGGUCGCUCCUGGAUGCCUACGGCUUCCGCGCCACGAUGCGCAUCUGGGCCGGCAUCCUGUUCGCCGCCUCGUUCCCGCUCGCCUUCUUCGUCAGGCCCAGGCUCCCCGUCGCGGCGGCGGCCCAUACCAGGCCGUUCGAUAUGCGCUACGUCCUCACAAGGUUCUUCGCCCUGCACCAGGUCGCUAACACAGUCCAGGCCACGGGGUAUUUCCUGCCGGCCAUCUAUCUCCCCUCGUACGCACGGAUGGAGUUUGACGCCUCAACCUUCUUGUCGGCGCUUACCGUGCUGCUUGUCAACAUAGCUUCGACUGUUGGGUCAGUUGCCAUGGGCUCAAUGACCGAUAGACUCCACACUACUACUUGUAUCAUAAUCUCUACGAUGGGUGCCGCAGUAGGCGUGUUUCUGCUCUGGGGCCUGUCCUCGUCGCUUCCGGUGCUGUAUGUGUUCUGUGUUGUAUACGGUCUCUUUGCCGGGUGCUGGACGACCAUCUGGCCUGCGAUCAUGAAGGAGAUGACCCGCCAAGGCGAGGUAACUGGUCAGUACGUUGACCCGACCAUGGUCUUUGGUUGGUUGUGCGUGGGCCGCGGCAUCGGAAACAUCGCGUCAGGCCCCCUGAGCGGCUUGCUGUUGACGGGAGGUAGCACCUGGGUUGGUCGUGUGAGCGCCGGGUUUGGAAGUGGCUAUGCCAAAUUUCACAUGUUUAUAGCCUUGACCUACAAGGGCCCAGUGCCCCUCGAUGACGUCAAGCUAGCCAGCGGCUAUGAGAUCCCGCUGCUGGGCUUUGGCGUGUACCAAACACCGGCGGAAGAGGCCGAACGUUGUGUCAAGGACGCCCUAGAGGCCGGCUACCGACACGUCGACUCGGCUGCGGCGUACCGGAACGAAGAGCCAUGCGGCAGUGGCAUACGAGCCUUGGCCUCGAAGAUCCCCAGAUCUGAGGUCUUCUUUACGUCCAAGGUCCGCACCAAGGGAAUGUCCUACGAGAGCGCCAAGGCCACCGUCGACGAGACGCUCCGGCUGACGGGGCUGGGCCACAUCGACCUGAUGCUCCUGCACGCGCCGUACGGGGGGUCGGCGGCGCGCAAGGGCGCGUGGAAGGGCCUGGUGGAGGCGGUGGAGGCGGGCAAGGUGCGCAGCAUCGGCGUCAGCAACUACGGGGUGCACCACCUGCAGGAGCUCUCGCGGCACAUGGCCGAGCUGGAGGCCGAGCGCCCGGGCGGCGGCGGCGUCGUGUCCGUGGGCCAGUGGGAGAUCCACCCGUGGCUGCCGCGCAACGACAUCGUGUCGUGGGCGCGGGCGCACGGUGUCGCCAUCCAGGCCUACUGCCCGCUGGUGAGGGGGGAGCGCUGGGGCGAGCCUGCUCUGCAGCGGCUGGCGGAGAAGCACGGGAAGACCGGGGCGCAGGUUCUGCUGCGAUGGUCGCUGCAGAAGGGCUACAUUCCGUUGCCCAAGAGCGUCACCACGUCGAGGAUCCGGGAGAAUGCUCAAAUCUACGACUUCGAGCUGUCCGAAGAAGAUAUGGCGACGUUGGAGACGACAGAGUAUGCGCCUUGCACGUGGGAUCCAACGACGAGUCCUCUAGAUAAUGUGCAGAGCAAAUGGUAG